ACCACAAAAACAUCACAAAUUAAUCCAUUCUUAUAUCAUUAAACAUUUUCAUGUUCUGAUUAGUUAGGUAGUUCAAAAUAUGAGCAAAUUAGAGCUGGUAUUUGUGCCUGUCCCAUCAAUUGGUCACCUUGUUUCGAUAUGCAAGUUUGCAGAGAAGUUGGUCAGUAGAGAUGAAAGGCUAUAUGUAACAAUUCUCAUUAUAAGACCACCAUGGGAUGCUAGCAUAGAUGCCUACAUCAAGCGAAGUUCCGCCUCUGCUUCUGGCGGAACUUCUCUUGAUGUAUGGGGCAGUCGAAUUAGAUAUAUUACACUUGCUCAAAUCGAACCGCCGUCUUCAGAAGAAGGAGCGAAGUCUAUUGAAAACUACAUCUCUCUUUUGAUAGCAAGUUAUCGACCCAUUGUUAAAGAUGCAAUUAUCAGCAACAAGUCAUGGCCUGAUACUGAUUCGAACCCGAAAAUUAUUGGACUAGUCAUUGAUAUGUUUUGCACUUCAAUGAUUGAUGUAGCAAAUGAACUUGACAUUCCUUCCUAUCUUUUCUUGACUUCUGGUGCUGGUUUUCUUGGUUUCCUGCUUUACCUGUCCGUUUGGCAUGACCAAUUUGGGAGAGAAUUUAAUCGAUCUGAUGGCGAUUUAAUUAUAGCAGCCAAUGCUCAUCCAGUACCCUCAAAAGUCUUACCUACUUUUGCCUUUGUCAAGGAAGGUUACAACUCAUUCCGCAACCAUGGUGUCAGGUUUAAAGAAACCAAAGGAAUUCUCAUCAAUACAGUGGAGGAAUUCGAAAGUCACGCUGUCAAUAGCUUAGCAUCUGAUCCUGAAUUACCUCCAGUUUACACAGUAGGAUUUCUUCUUGACAUUGAGGCACAAAAUGCUAAAGGGAAUUCCAAGUCUGAAGAUGAAGAAAUCAUGAAAUGGCUAGACCAGCAACCACCUUCCUCUGUUCUUUUUCUGUGCUUUGGAAGUGCGGGUAUUUUUGAGCCACCACAGCUUAUCGAGAUGGCAAUUGCACUUGAACGAAGUGGGGUUAGGUUCUUGUGGUCAAUACGUCUGCCUUUGGAUGCUGAAACAACAAAAUUAGAGGAGACAUUGCCGGAAGGGUUCUUGGAGAGGACAAAAAACAGAGGAAUAGUAUGUCGAUGGGCACCCCAAGUCAAUAUUUUGGCUCACAAAGCCACUGGAGCAUUCGUAUCUCAUUGUGGAUGGAAUUCGACCAUAGAGAGUCUAUGGCAUGGAGUACCAAUUGUGACAUGGCCCCUUUAUGCAGAACAACACAUUAACGCGUUUCAAUUGGUGAAAGAUCUCGAGAUGGCAGUGGAACUGACAUUGGAUUACAGGAUGCACGAUAGUGAUCAUCGCGAAAUUGUGAAGGCGGAGGAGAUGGAGAAAGUUAUAAGAAGCAUAAUGGAUAGCGAAAAUCUCCUGAGGAAGAGAGUCAAAGACAUGGGAGAGAUCUGCAGGAAGGCGUUGACGGAGGGUGGAUCUUCUUUCAUAUCUCUAGGACGGUUCGCUGAAACUAUUCUUGAUUCCUGUAAUUGAGAUGAGAAAUUUCUUACAUUAUGUACUCUUUAUGGUAGCAGAGUUUCGUUUCAUUUCAGUAUGUGACUGAAUCAAAUAAGAGUUGUUUCUAAGGUGUGAGUGUAUUUGUUGGUGUGUGUGUGUAUAAUAUAAUAUAUAUACCAUAAAU